AUGGAUUCCUUGUACGACAAGCUGCAACUCAACGGCCCGGGAAAACAAACUCGAUUCCUUCGAAUACUCCAGGGCGGACCUGACGAUGAAAUCAGCACCGAGCUAUACGUAGGAUCUCUAGAAGAAGAGAUUCCCGAUUUCAAAGCGAUCCCCUAUGCUUGGGAGUCAGAGGGUAUCACCCCCAAGACAAUCAACAUAAACGCUGUUUAUGUUAGGGUUCCAGAUAACAUCCAUACAAUCCUUCAGAAGAUUAGGUCCAACUUCUGCACAGCGUCGCCUACCGAUAUAUGGAUCGACAGUAUCUGUAUCAAUCAAAAGUCUAUACCUGAAAAAAACCUGCAAGUCCCUUUGAUGGGGGAUAUAUACUCCAAAGCCUCCCGCGUUAUCGUAUGGCUUGAGAAUACUGAAGAGUCGGCAGAUGACUUCCACUUAACUAAUCUACGACUGCUGAUUAAGAAUAUAUCUAUGCCAAUGGGUCCAUUCAUCAACGGUCUUUCUAAAACCAUGCAGAGUAAAUGGUUUCAGCGAACAUGGACGUUGCAAGAAGUUUCAUUGCCUUCAAGGGACCCAUUGGUGAUGCGCGGCAACGCGCUUAUAGACUGGGACUAUCUUAUGAGAUCGUGCCAUAACCUUAAGGCUUUAUUGAUGAAACCUAUUCUAUCGCCGUCGUUUGAAGUCCCCGAAGAGCUCUUAGGCCUAGAGGAAAAUCUCAAAGACCUACACGAUAUUUACCAUCAAUACAGCACGGAGGUCGCCGAGGAGACUCGGAAAGCAUAUCAACUUGGUAAAUGCCCAAAGUGUGGCAUGGGAGACUUGAAACAGCAUAUCUUUCUCGCGCGCGGCCAAAGGGCUACCGAUAGACGUGAUAGGGUAUGGGGUCUAUUGGGACUAGCCGAUAAUGAGGCGCGCCGGAGUCUCCCGGUCGACUACGAAAGGGGAGAGAUAGAUGUCUUCAUAGACGUCUUUAAGUAUUUUACGGGAGGCGAAGCAGGAUUCCAGAUUUUAUCGCGAGCUGCGGGUCUAAAAUGCAUUCCAAACUGGCCAACCUGGCUUGUAUAUCCUGAUAUACACCAACGCUGCGAAACGCUAGUCCGAGGACACUAUGAGCGUUGUAGGAGAUACAAGGCAUCUCUCGGUUUAGUAGCAAGAUAUGAGCUUAUUGGCCUCAAUCAAAGCCUCGUUAUAUACGGCAUACUAGUGAGCGAAGUUGCCGAGCUAAUGGAGACAUUAAAAACACACUACUUGCCGCGGCUAGCUCUCAGUGAAAUUGAUUAUGGUUCGAUCUUUAAUUUUUUCGCCCCGACUUGUGUGCCGGACUUUUACAAUCCAAAAAUUCUCAACCCGGCAGAGUGGGAAGACAAGGUCAACGUAUACGUGGGUGGUCCAGAUUCAACUUCGCCUAACCGUUACGCUUAUUUGGACUGGCACAACAAACACUGUAGCGAGGCUUUAGCGCGAGUCAUUGUCGGGGAUCAUAUAUCCUUAGAUCAAGACGACACCGAACAUCUUCCGGUAUCUAGCGAAUUCAUCAGCACUAUCCUUACAAUGGGUUAUGGAUUGCAUAGAACGCGUCAAAAACAUCCCCGUGUUACUGACGAGACUAAGAGUGCCACCGAUGGCGAGGCUGACAAGGGUUCUGAUUGUGAGCCUGGAAGCGAUCCUGAGGUGCCUGAUUACUCGGGAUUGAGAAGAGAUCUCGGCUUUAGAUUCAAACUCAAGAGAUCGAUAUCACGAACAAUGACGCAUCGCCUUGCCUUCAAAACCUCCGGCGGAUUCAUUGGAUUCGGCCCGGACGACAUGGAACCCGGAGACAAGGUUGUGUUGAUUGCUGGCGCAGACGUUCCGUUCAUUUUACGCCGGCGGGGCGACCACUUUGCCAUGGUUGGAGAGUGCUACGUACAAGGGCUGAUGCAUGGGGAACUUUUCCAGCAGUAUCCAGAAUUUGAGAGCGGAAAGCCUUUCCAGAUGACUCUUGAUCGGUUCGUAGUGUAUUAAUAGUAACCUCUGUUAGUAGUCACAUAUACGAAGUACCAAGAAACAACGCCCAUAUUGUGAAAAUUAAUCCAUUGUGACAAGAGCCUGCGCUUCUUUAGAAGCAGGUCAUCUCUUUAGGCAGAUAUAACUGCCAAAACUGGUUCUUUUCGCA